CCAGUGAGACCAUGGAUUCUGACGAAGAAGAAAACAUACCCGAAGAUGCUGAUGACAUAUACGAUGAUGCUGAAUCAGGAACAGCUCCGCUAACAAUACCACCACCACCAUCACAUCCCGCCCCUAUAUUGACUGUGACAGGGGCAGGGUCUAAUAGUGCACCGCCCCUCCCCUCCAUCCACAGCAUCCCUGCCCUCCACGGCAGUGGGGGAUCCAAUGUCUCAUUCCCUCCAAGGUCUGCGGAGCAUAGUGGGUCCGGGUUAGAGGAGCCAGAUAUCUACGAUGACGUGGAGGCGGACGGAGAGCAAGAUGAAUUAUAUGAAGCAUUGGAUGUAGAUGAAGAAAGGAGAGAAGAGGCAGCUCUUGCCCAACAGAAGGAAGAACAGAAGGAAGAACAAAGAAAACAAGAAGAGAAGAGGAGAAAGGAGGAAGAAAGACUGAGAAAAGAACAAGAGAAACAACAGAAGAAGGAGGAAGAGAAGAGGAAAAAGAAGGAAAAGGAAGAAAAAAAGAAGAAGGAGAAAGAGGAGAGAGAUUUGAGAAAAAGAUUCAAUAUCAAGGGAGACAUCAACAUCAUCGAUGAGGGCAUCGUCCUGGAGGCCAUGGAUGCGGAGUAUGAGAAGUACGGGCUGCAAUGUCAGAUCGGAGAGAAGAUUGAAAUCCUCAGGAAAGAGGGAAAUCCCCCUGGGAAGUGGCUGGCUAGGAACCCAGGCGGACAUUAUGGUUACGUGGAUCAUCAGUUUGUGAGACUAGAAGGUUUUGAUGCCGGAGAGGUCUAUGAUGAUGUCAUGGCUGAAGAAAAAAAAUCAGAAACACCAAUUGAAACAUUGGAAAGUAAGUAUUCAGCUGAGUUGAACUAAUGAAUUCCAUGGCUUUUUCCUGAACUUCAUUGUAUUCCUGCAUCAUAUGCAAA